UAACUUUUUCUUUCUUUCUUUUCUUUGUACAGAGCUCGAUUUAGGUUUGACAAAACUGUUGCAAUGAAUUCAUUUUGACAACUUAUAUAGAAUGUUAAACAUUGACUGUUUUGAUGAAGAUGUGCCACCUCAGACUGGUUGCUCCAUACAUGGCCCCUUCCUGGCCACCCCUAUGAAAACAUCCUGGCUCUGCCACUGCUAUCUGCACCUUUUCUCAUUAAAAUAAAAAAAUACAAAUUUUAUUUCAGUGUACACCACAGCCCAAAAGACACGAUUUUUUAAAAAAACCUAUAAACUGAUGUUUAAUGGUUUUUCUGUAUGGUAAAAUAAGAAAUUAAUUAAUUCAAGUUAUGACGGUGAAUGGGACGUUAUUAAACAGCGAAAUGCAAUAAAAUGUCCAUCAUAUGCACUACAGAGGCGCUUGCAUGUGUUACGGCUACGCACUGUGCGUAGCAUGAGCGCUCAGACUGACCUGAGAUUUGCCUCGCAAGGUGGGAACCUGCUGACUAUUGGACUAGAUGACCACUUGUUCUCUCACUGUACUGAAGGAGGCGCUGUGACGCUCUUAGUUCACCGGUAAAAGCACUGAAGAAAGAAAGACUGUAGGAGCUCAGUCUCGAUGUUGAUCAUGAAAGCGCAGGUGGAUGUGAUCUGCUGUAAAUCAGUAGGAACUGAUCUGUCCAUGCUGGAUAUUGAGGAUUUCAUCACAGAAAUCUGUCGGCUGAAGAAAGAGGUGGCGUCACUGGAGGCAAAGCUGAGAGAAAGAGGAGACAAACUGAACAGAGAGGAUGUGGAGAAGGCUUCAGUGCGUGUGGCUGAUGGGACAGAAGCUCAGGAUUCAGUCUGGAGCGUCAGAGAUCAGAGAUCCAGAGACACACAGGACUCAGAGCUCAGCCUCACUUUACUCUGUUAUACUGACGCUCAGGAUCAUGAAUCCACUGAUCAAACCUCUGACUGUAACGCUGGAGAACAGCAGAUGCUGCAGACGCCGCUGAAGAUGUGCUCCGUCAAACUGGUGGACUGCAGGAACCUGAUCGAGAGCAGAGCAGAAGAAACCACCGCAGAGGAACAACAACAGAGUCAUGAUGAAGAGGAGGAGAAUAAUGGGAAUGAUGAAGAUUUCAUUCCUCCAGAUGACAAAGGCAGUUCAUCUUCUGAUGGAGAAACAGCCUUAACAUCAAAAGAGAAUCUGACGGUCAAAGGUUUUCCUUGUGCCACCUGUGGAAAAACACUGAGUUCACAGGGUCAUUUAAUGAGACACGAGAGAAAACACACAGAACAGAAAGACUUCACCUGCAGGAGAUGCAACAUCAGCUUUCCUACCGCAGAAGAGAGGAGACUUCAUUCAAAAGAGCACAGCGUGAAGAGGGAGUUUAACUGUGAACACUGUGAGAAGGUUUUUUUCAUUCAUUCUAGUCUAAAAGUUCACUUGAAGACACACGGUGGAAAGUCUUUCCACUGCAGUGAAUGUGACAAGUAUUUCAGCACCAAAGGAAAUCUUGGUGCUCAUAAGCGAAUCCACACGGGAGAAAAACCGUACAAGUGUCCACACUGUGAGAAGAGUUAUAACCACGGAUCUCAUCUGAAGAAACAUGUGCGUGUUCACACCAAUGAGAGGCCGUACCAGUGCAGUGAAUGUGGAAAAACCUUCACAGACUCAAGCUGUCUGAAGUCACACCAGAAAAUCCACUCAGGUGAGAAACCGUUUCAGUGCAAAUACUGUGACAAACGAUUCCGUCAAAGACUUACUCUGAAUUGUCACGAGAGGACUCACACCGGAGAGAAACCGUAUCUGUGCUCCUACUGCGGGAAGAGCUUUUCUAGUCCAAAUUCUUUUGUAUUUCAUAAGCGAGUCCACGCUGGAGAAAAACUGUAUCACUGCAGCGUCUGUGAGAAGAGUUUCAGUAAACAUAGUACAUUACAAAACCACAAGAGGACUCAUAGCGGAGAAAGACCUUUCAAAUGCUCACAAUGUGAUAAGACGUUUGCUCGAUCAGACGUCCUGAAGGUCCAUCAGCGAGUUCAUACAGGAGAGAAACCUUACUCCUGCUCCAUCUGCGGCGAGAGAUUCGCUUAUUUAGGUAGUUUUCAGACCCACCAGAACAAACACGCUAAAGAACACACUGCUCCAGGAUCGUCAGAGUGACUUUCAUCAGUCAAUCUGGAAAAUAGACUCGUUCCGCUCAUCCUGAAACUGUUCAUUGAGCUCUUACUGCCAGUUGGGGGCAGUGAGCUUUCAUAUGUUGGAUCGAACCCAACGUUGUAAAUAAAGUCAUGUUUAAUAAAGUAGAGCAAUGGUUUUAUGUUAAACCAGACAGAACUAUUAAAAAUAAUCAAAAUAAAAUA